UUUCACGUGUUUAUUCGCUUGCCGCUACCUCCGCCAGCUGCUUAUCGGAAAAAAGAAACAAAUAAUGAGUGUACCGGACGAUAUAGAAGUGCGUGUUGUGGGAUCUGGCGAUGGGCAGGCAAUGAUGCAGUUCCUCCUGGAGCACUACUACCGCGAGGAGCCGCUGACCGUAGGCUGCAGUCCCCCGGAGCCGGAUGAGGCCGACAAGGAAUUUCUGCUCUCCAACAUACCGCACGGCGCCUGCCUGAUCGCCCUACAGGGCGGCACUCGCAUUGUUGGCGCCCUCGUGGCCGGUCCCAAGGAUGCCCACGAGGCGGACCACCUCACCGAGGAACUGGUCAAGCAUGCCGGCACCAAGUGGGGCCGCAUCCUCUCCCUGCUCACGCGGAUCGAGCGUCAGACGAACGUUUGCCAGCGCUACGGCAUACCCUCGGCCAUGCAUGUCCAUGCCGUGGGCGUAGACCCCACGCUGCGACGCCGAGGCGUGGCCGCUCUCCUCGUGAAGGCCGUGGAAGAACUCGCCCGUUCCCAGGGUCAUCGCCUGGUGGUCAGCGACUGCUCAAGCAGCUACUCCGCCCGCCUGAUGGAGCGUCUCGGCUACGAGCUGAUCCACACAAUCCGCUACGACGAAUUUCUGGACGAGUCCGGCCAGCAGAUUAUACGCCCCCCAGCCCCCCACGAUUGUAUCAAAACCUUUGUGACGUUGCUGUAGAACCAGCAGAACCAGAACCAGGGUACAAGCAGAAUGGAUGCCAAGAAUUGAUUCGUUUACAACUGCAAUACAAUAAAUAUGAGCAUUUAAAUAUAUUUAUUUAUAGCCAAACAA